GGCUCCACGUGUGAUCAACCAACCUCUCCUCAUGGCUCAGUCAUCACUCAUCCCACUCGGCGAGAAAAGUACCAAAACGGCCAAGUAAUCCUCUUUGGCUGUAAACAGGGUUUUUAUCUGGAUGGAAUGCCAAUUAUAACAUGCAAUGGGAACAAAUGGACACAGACACAAUUCCGAUGUCUUGGUAUGAUGUAAAUUAUCUUUAGAAUAAAAAAAAAUGUUCUAUAACUUUAGAUCGGCAUUGUUUAGUGGUUCCGCAUUUCAAAACAGCAUUCGCUGAUUCGUGCAAAAAUGUUGCAUGUCAAACUUUUCAAUUCCAAGCCUCUAGAAAUAUCAUAGAUAAUCACUACAGAGACAAAGAGAGUUCUAAAAUGAAGAUGAAAGAGGUUCGGUUCCCAUUUUUUGUCACUUGUCACCACCUGUGUAAUAGUGAAAAGAUAUAAUGCUUUAUGCUCAACACAAGAUAGCUUUUCAUUGUCAAUUUAUGACAAAAACUGAAGACAGUUUAAUCAUUUUUUAAUUUUCUCCACCUAAAAAUGUUAUUGCUUCAUCUAGGGUUUUGUCCGGAGGUGGGUAACAUUUUAAAUGGUAAAGUAUCUCAUGUGACCCCACAAGUUGGCAAGGCUGCCAUAGAAUUUCGCUGUGCUAAUAACAGUUUCCAGCUGAUCGGUAAGACAAGGUUGGAGUGCAUAGAUGGACAAUGGAAUGGAAAGUUACCCUAUUGUCAAAGUAAGUCAUUGAACGAUCGUGAAACUUAUAUCAAGUUAUCGAGACGAUCGUAAAAGUUAUACUAAGUUAUCGAGACGAUCGUAAAACUAAUAAACUUGCAUUUUAAUGCAAGUUAAUUAGCUGUCAAAGUUUUGAUGCAAUUUUAAAAAUUUGUAUCAAAACUUUGACAACUACUUGACAUAAAACUGAUUUAAACUGCUUGCAACGCAGCGUUUUAGCCCUUUUUUAUCUUUUACCACGAAUAUGUUAAGAGAUCAAUUGAAUAUGAUAUUUUUCUCCUACAGAGUUGCCGUCGUGUGUUCGUCUGCAAAGUCCAGCUAACGGUACACUACAUGGCAAUGACAACAGCCAUGGUGCAGAAGCAAACUUCACUUGUUUUACAGGCUUUGAUCUAUUUGGGGCUUCAGCAUUAACAUGCAACAAGGGCGUUUGGAGUUCACAAGUUCCAACUUGUAAAGGUGAGCCGUCUUAUUUUCCCUGACCAAUUGACCUCUUUAUAAAGGGCCUAUUCCAAAUCUCCAGCACUAAACUUUCUUUUUUUUAUCCUUCUGAUGCGCCAUUUGCAUCUGAGGGCCGAACAGCUUUGAUUUUCAUUUCCUAAAGCAUUGUUCUAUGUUUAUUUCUCAGCUAACUGCACGAAGAUUAUGAAUCUCCCAAAUGGUCACGUGUUUGGCACACGCUUCUCCCAUGGACAAGUGGUUUCUUUUAACUGCAAAUAUGGCUAUGAGUUGGUUGGAGAUCGCAGUCUUCGUUGCAUUAAUGGAAGGUGGAACUCUUCUGUCCCGCAAUGUAAAGGUUAGUAAUUCCACGACAUCCCAGGGAAGAUUUUUACGAAUAUAUCAUAGCUAAUAGAUUGUGCGUAGCAUAUUCUUUUAAUAUGUGUGGGUUUUUCAAAAAAUUGCAGGAACUCCACCUUCUUUUUUUUUUGGUUCUAUUUCCUCUUUUAUAUUUGUUGUCAUUAUGUGUAUUGCGAAGACUGAGAAAUACGUCGGAAUCAGUACAGGAGAAUACUUUCCAUUCAGUUAGGUCACUUCGAGUUCUUUCUUUCUCCAUGUGUUCGCAGAGUUCCUUUAUUCGCGUUAUCUGGUCUUUUAUGUUUUGCCCAAUUGUCACGCUAACUAACACGCUCCGCUCGAUUAAGCGCCCUCUUUCCAAUAAGCGCCCCUCACCGAGGGCAAGAUCUGAAAUUAGCGUCUGUGAGCUUAUUUAAGAAGUGCGGAACACAUAUAGAGUUGCAUAACUUAAAGUGAAUCUUUCAUCCAUAAAUUUUUACCAUGAGAAAAUGGCUACAGGAAGAAUCUUAACCAUUUUCUUUUAAAACAGAUAAUUAGGAUCAAAGCAUGAGUUUUAGUUGCCACAAUUACAUUGGUUCUGUCUAUGCGUAUUUUAUCACACCAUUCUAAAUGAUUGUAAUAUCAAACAAAAAUAACCCCGAAAUAGGCUCUAAUAUAUCUUUUAUAUCAAUGAAGCAAUAUAACCCAUGGCUAACGUACAUGAAAGGGGGCAAAUAAAAUACCUGGCUAGAUUACUCAGUCACAAAUGUAGGUUCUAGGUUUUAACUUAAUAGUUGUUUAUGAACAUUGCUCUUUGUUUUUUUCCAGUUAUGCCAUGUGUAAAACCCUCCAUUCCAAGUAAUUCACGUAUCAUAUAUCCAAGGACGGAUCAAGUGAGAUACACACACGGUACAACUCUUUAUCUGGCCUGUCAUGAAGGUCAUCUUUUGACGGGAUCGCCGAUUAUGGAGUGUAACUAUACCACGUGGCUGAAAAGAGAAUUCAAGUGCAUC